AAUAGUAAACAUGCAGAAAAAAUCUAGAUAUAGUGAUACAAUUUUUAAUUUUAUAUAAACGAAAUAUAUAUUAACAGGAAUGACACACAGGUUAUUCAUUUGAAUAGACCCAGAUUUUACUGUGAUUUUUUUUGCCUAAUUUUAAUUUUAAUUGCCAAAUUUUACUGUGAUUUUGUUGACCGCGUUUCAUUAUUAACUUUUUUUUUCUUAUUAAUCAAUCGGUUCAACUAUUUUUUAAUCUUUUUGUAUGUGUAUGUUUUUUUUUUGUAUUUCAAAUAGUAUUAAAGUAGUUAACGCAGCAGUAACUAAGAAUAUUUUAUUAAUUAACUAAACUAUAUUAUAAUUUUUUAAUCUCGGUCAUGUGUAAACAUUUUGUCUCUGGCAAGUAAAAUAAGUUAUGUGACACUUAGAAAUCACUUUGGAAAAACUUUGACAAUACUUCUAGCAAGUAAAAUAAAUCAAUUAUGAUUUACUCUAAUAGCCAACCGAAUUCUGAGAAAAAAAAAUGGCAUUCCAGGAUAUUAGAAAGCGAAAUAGUGAACCAGUAUUCAGGAGAAAUGUUUUUACGAAUUGUCCUUGAAACUCCUAUUAAUAAAAAUUUACAAAUAGAUUGGUAUAGCAAUAAUAAUAUAUUAUGCUUGAAGCAAUCAAAAUAUGGUGGAAUGUGGCGAAUCAGCAAAGUAACAGAUGAAGCUGUGUACUGUAAAGUUGAUAAAUUAGAAGGAUAUGAAUGGGAAGUAGAAGAACCUCUUGAAGCAGAUUUAAAUGUUAACAUUGUUAAAAACUCAUACAAUAAUGAUAAAAACUCGCUUGGAUUUGCUUUCUUUUCAUCUCCAAUAUAUGUACAUUGUCGAUGCACUUUAUUAAAUUUAGAUGAAAUUGAUACAGUCGGUCAAUCAUUUGUUGCGUCUGUUUAUUGUGAACUGCGUCUUCGUGACAUAAGUACUUUAUCCGAUCCUCUAUAUGUUAAUGAAUACUUAAAAAUUUUAAAUAUUUUGGAGCAUGUGGACUUUUUGAAUAUUAAAUCAGAAGAGUCAAAAGAAAUUUACAACAGUUAUUCAUUAUCAUCACGAUCAGUUGAUUCUAAGUUGUUUUAUGAUUACACAUUAAAAAUGAAAGCCAAAGCAACGUUUUCAAAAGGAAUGGAGUUGAAAAUGUUUCCUUUUGAUGAACAAGUAUUAAAUAUCAUACUAACAGUAAAUCGACCAUGUUCCGGUGUAGUUCUUAUUCAUAAUACUGAAUAUACAAGUAAAUUUUUAUGUCGAAGUUUUCAACAUGAUGGAGCUUUUAAAAUAGUAUUUAAUGAAACAAUGUUUGGAAUCGUAAGCAAAAGCGACAGAAGUGAGUCAUCAUCAGGUUAUGAGUAUCCCAGAAUAACGUUUAGUAUUUUACUCAGCCGUCGUUCUCGUUCUUACAUCAGCAACACAAUGAUUCCGAUUGCUGUGAUUUCCUGUCUGUCAUUAGUUAACUUCGGUUUAAAUGAAGAUGGGAGUAAAAUGGAUACAAGCUCAAGGUUGUCUAUCACGCUUACUCUGCUAUUAACUGCUGUUGCAUAUAAGUUUGUGGUAUCAUCUGCUUUACCUGUUUUACCAUAUAAUACCUUACUGGACUGGUAUGUAUGGUUUUGUUUUGCUUUCAUUUGUUUAAACGUGUGCGAAGUGACAUUCUAUCCUACAUAUGUUUCUUCUUUCCCUUUAGAAGAUAGAUAUGAUAUAUCAAAGCAUGAAACUAAUAUAUUUUAUAUUUUCAUUGUUAUUUUUGUUAUUGGAAAUCUUGUUUGGUUAGUUUUUGUAUUAUGGUAUCUUUCUAAGCUGAAAAAAACUAACAAUUUGAAAAAAUUGCAAUUGUAGUUAUAGUUUCUAGAAUAUAUUUAUAAUAUAAUAAU